ACAAACUUCCCCUCUCACAAUAUAAAGAUUUACAAAAAAGAUGUUCAUGGUUAGUGACCAGCAGAUGCUGCAGUGUGAUCCGACAGUGUCGGUGCUGCCAAUGGAGAGAAAGUGGAAAUCCAAUGUUGAAAUCGCUCCCAAUUGUCCUCGCUGUGCCUCUCCCAACACCAAGUUCUGUUAUUACAACAACUACAGUCUGUCUCAGCCCAGGUGCUUCUGCAAAGGUUGCAGAAGGUAUUGGACCAAAGGCGGUUCCCUUCGGAACGUGCCGGUCGGCGGCGGAUGUCGGAAGAGUCGACGAGGUAAGUCUAACAGGGAAAGGAUCGAGAAGAAAGAUCGAAUUUCGAUGAAUCACAGUAAGAAUUCAUGUACUUCUCCUGAUGGGGAUCAACCGGAUAUCGAUCUAGCCAUUGUUUUCGCCAACUUCUUGAACCAGCCUGAGCCUAAUGAUUCAUCAAUGCAGUGCCAGAAACCAGUUGUUCAUUCGGUUCCGGAGUCUUUUACCGAUGAGAUCGAUGCGUUCGAGUUACGAAAUUUGUUAGCAGCUGACGAUCAAAUGGCGUUGUUGGAUGAUUUGUGGACCAACCAUGAUGUUGCUGAAACGACGCCGGACUUUGAGUGGCAGCCGAUGGUGCAAAUGCUACAGUUUGAGUCCUUUCCGGUGGAUGAUCAACUGAAGGGUUCUUUUGAUCUUUCUGGGUUUGGAGUUUAUUCAAAACAUUGAAGUUGAAGGAACUUUUCCAAUUUUUUAUAGUAAUUCAUACACUGUAUUCCUUCCUUAAUCUACUUGAUUCACAACAUGAACUAGCUAAGAUUAUGGAAAUUCAUUAUUUGAAGAAAUACAUGAAUAAUACAAUU